AUGUCGGCUUUGAAAGAACAAAUGGAUUCUAUGAUGGAUGCCAUGCUGGGAAUGAAACAACUUAUGGAGAGUAACGCGGCCCCCGCCGCCGUUGUUAGUUCGGCUGCCGAGGCAGACCCGACUCUUUCGACUGUUGUGCACCACCCUAUUCCAAAUAAGGUGGGACGAGAGAAAAGCACGCCAGGGCACGUCGGCAACCCGCAUCUGGGGUACAACCGAGGAGCUUACCCCUACGGUUUACCACCUAAUUACACACCACCAGUCAUACGUGACGAUGCGGGUCAUGUUCCUCCCCCCAUACUUGAAGGGGAGCCUCCUCGACAUCCGGACGUGGUCCACGAGGAUCAUCGAGAGCAUGCUCAGGGAGACAUCGACUCCUACUCCCCGUUUUCCACUGAGGGGCUAGCGCCCAACGCACUACCUCAACCCAACAUCACGGGAGAACCUCGAAGCCACCCAACGCAGCCAAUAUUUCUGUCUGUGGGAGGACCACCCCUGGCAGCAGAAGGAAAGGGGAAACUCGAUCUCAUCGAAGAAAGAUUGAGGGUUGUCGAAGGAUUUGGCGAUUAUCUGUUCGCGGACAUGACCGACCUUUGCUUGGUGCCGGACGUCGUCAUCCCUCCGAAGUUCAAGGUACCUGACUUUGAUAGGUACAAAGGAACGACUUGCCCUAAGAAUCACCUAAAAAUGUACUGUCGAAAGAUGGGUGCAUAUUCCAGGGACGAGAAGUUGUUGAUGCAUUUCUUUCAAGAUAGUUUGGCCGGGGAAGCAGUCAUCUAG